UUCAAAGGUUCAGUUAUGGUAAUGAACAGCACAGUUAUUUACCGCCACAUAGAGACACUAGAGUCACUUUUUGCUGUAAUUAUGUUCUGCCUCGGAUUUGUUUCACAACAGGUUGGACUGGUCUGUGGAGCUGACAGUAAAGUCAUGAGGAUGUGACAGAAAUAAAUCAGACGACACAAACCCUCAGGAAAGGACGGAGAAUGAGAAGUGCGCAGGACUCCCCUCCAACAUGGAUGUGUCUGCGGAGAGAGAAGACGCGGUCUCUGCCUCUAAAGUGACUCUGUCUGAGCAACAUGACAGCCAGACCAGAGAUAAGAGCCCAGUGAAGCAGAAGAGACCUCCAGACAAAGAUGUUCCCAGCUGUGUGUCCAUGAGUGGCUGGUCUAUACAGGAACCUAUCGAGUUCCAGGGCGGAGACCCUAUUGAUAAUCAAAUUCAAGUCAAGCAGGAGAGACCAGACUCACCUGGACCCAACUGUUUGUCCAUCAAGAGUGACCGGUCUAUGAGUGAACCUAUUGAGUUUAAGAAUGAGCCGAUUGUUGAGACAAGAGCUCACCGGAAGAGGUCAGAGGUUCUCAGUAAUCGACCUGUCCAGAAGCAUCGGCAGAACCUGGACUCCAUUUUCAUGGUUCUUGAAGAAAACAUUGUGACUUUUGUGAAGAACGAGCUAAAGAAGUACAAGAACGUUCUAGAAAGUUCAGAAUGCUUAGAGCGGCUGAAUGAAGACGAUGAAGUCAUGGAAGGUGAAAAAGAAGAGCAGAGAAGCAGCAAUAGAGAUGCAUUUAUGACGCUCACACUGAACUUCCUGAGGAACAUGAAGCAGGAGCAGCUGGCUGACUCCCUGCUAAGCAAAACUCUUGCUGCGAUUUGCCAACGUAAACUCAAGUCUAAAAUGAAGAACACGGUUCAGUGUUUGUUCGAGGGGAUGGCCAGAGCAGGAAACCCUAAACUUCUGAAUCGGAUCUACAUGGAACUCCAAAUUAAAGAAGAUGAGAGUGGAGAAGCCAAUGAACAACCUGAGUUCAGACAGAUAGAAGCACCAUCCCAAAACCCGAAACAACAAUCUGGUUCAGAAACAACAAUCAGAAGUGAGGAUAUAUUUAAACCGAUACUUGGACGAGAUAAACCAGUCAGAACUCUAGUAACAAAGGGAGUGGCUGGCAUUGGGAAAACAGUCUUAACGCAGAAGUACAUCCUGGACUGGGCUGAAGACAAAUCCAACCACAGUAUACAGUUCAUCUUUCCAUUCACUUUCCGAGAGCUCAAUUUGCUGAAAGCAAAAAAGUUUAGCUUGGUGGAACUUCUUCAUCACAUCUUUACCGAAACCAAAGAAGCAGGAAUCUGCAGGUUUGAAAACUUCCAGGUUGUGUUCAUCUUCGACGGUCUGGACGAGUGUCGACUUCCUCUGGACUUUCACACAUCUGAGAUCGUGACUGAUGUAACAGAGUCAACGUCAGUCGAAGUACUGCUGACCAACCUCAUUAGAGGUAAACUGCUUCCGUCUGCUCGCCUCUGGAUAACCACACGACCUGCAGCAGCCUGUCAGAUCCCUCCUGAGUAUGUUGACAUGGUGACAGAGGUGGGAGGGUUCAGGGACCCGCAGAAGGAGGAAUACUUCAGGAGGAGAUACAGCGAUGAAGAACAGGCCAAAAAAAUCAUCUCCCACAUCGAGGCAUCAAGAAGCCUCCACAUCAUGUGCCGCAUUCCAGUCUUCUGCUGGAUUACUUCAACAGUUCUGGACCAUGUGUUGAAAACUACUGAGAGAGAAGAGCUGCCCAAGACCUUGACUGAGAUGUACAUCCACUUCCUGUUGGUUCUGACCAAACAGGGGAAUGUAAAGUAUCACAGAAGUGCAGCAACAGAUCCAGUCUGGAACUCAGAGACCAAGAAGACCAUUCUCACUCUCGGAAAACUGGCUUUUGAGCAUCUGGAGAAAGGAAAUCUGACCUUCUAUGAAGCGGACCUGAAAGAGUGUGGCAUUGACAUAACAGCUGCCUCUGUCUACUCAGGACUUUUCACAGAGAUUCACAAAGAUGUGCACGGGCUGAACGAGGAGAAGGUGUUCUGCUUUGUCCAUCUGAGCGUUCAAGAGUUUCUGGCUGCACUCUAUGUCUAUCUGACGUUCAACAACACUGGUGUUGAUAAACUGAGAAAAAAAAUAAAAGGGCACUCAAAUUUUAAACACCUCUUCCAAAGUGCAGUGGACAAGGCUAUAGCGAGUCCAAAUGGACACCUAGACUUGUUUGUCCGUUUUCUCCUUGGCCUUUCACUGGAGAUCAAUCGGACUCUCCUACGAGGCCUGCUGAAAACAACAUCACGUAAACAAGAGGUCAAAGAGAUGCUAGUGCAAUACAUCCAAAAGAAGAUCGGGGACAAUCCUUCUCCAGAGAAGAGCAUAAAUCUUUUCCACUGUCUGAAUGAGCUGAAUGACCAUUCUCUAGAGAAGGAGAUCCAACAGUACCUGAGAUCAGGAAGUUCCUUUGGAAACAAGCUCUCUCAUUCUCAGUGGUCAGCGCUUGUCUUCAUCUUACUGUCAUCACAAAAAGAUCUAGACGUGUUUGACCUGAGGAAAUUCUCUGCUUCCGAGGAGGGUUUUCUAAAGCUGCUGCCAGUAGUCAAAGCAUCCAAAACAGCUAUAUUAAGUGGCUGUAACCUCACAUCUAAAAUCGAUACAGCUCUGGCCUCAGUUCUCACCUCCAAGAACUCUCUGAGAGAGCUGGACCUGAGUAACAAUGACCUGAGGGAUACAGGACUGAAGGGGCUCUCAUAUGGACUUAGAAGUCCACACUGUAAACUGGAAAGUCUGUGCCUGUCAGGCUGUCGGGUCACAGAGAAAGGCUGUGCUGAUUUGGUUUCAGCUCUUAAGUCCAACCCCUCCCACUUGAGAGAGCUGGACAUGAGCUUCAACCACCCAGGAGACUCAGGAUUGAAGCUGCUGCGUGAUGGACUAGAUGAUCCACAGUGGAAACUGGAAACUCUCAAGACUGAUCAUUGUGGAAAGAAUCGACUAAACUCAUCACCACUCAAGUAUUUCUGUGAGCUUUCACUGGACCCAAACACAGCACACCGAAACCUCUCAGUGUCUGACGACAACAGACAAGUGAUGGUGGUGAAGGAGAUGCAGCCGUAUCCUGAUCAUCCGGAGAGAUUUGACAGCUGGAAACAGCUCCUGUGUAGAGAGGGUCUGUAUGGGCGCUGUUACUGGGAGGUCCACUUUAAAGGAAUGGUUCAUGUAGGAGUCACAUACAGAGAUGUGAACAGGAGAGGAGAUGGUGAUGUCUGCUGUUUUGGAUUGAACAAUCAGUCCUGGAGUCUGCUUUGCACCGCUGAGGGUUACACUGCUUGGCACAACAACACAGAAACAGUCAUAGCUACACUCCCUCCCUCUGACUCCAACAGAGUAGCAGUGUAUCUGGACUGGGCUGCGGGAACUGUGUCCUUCUACUGUCUCCCCUCCAUUGUCUCUUCGGUCAAACAGAUCCACCUCCACACCUUCCAGACCACAUUCACUAAACCCCUCUACCCUGCGUUUGGGUUUGGGCGAAUGCUUGAGUUAGGGACUGACUCGAUAUGUUUACCAUCAGUUUAUCUGUCACAGUUUGAAGAAUGAAUGUGGCCUCCUGUGUAGAACGUCCUCCUGUCCCUAAACUGGGGCGCUUAAAGCAACACUAAAGAUUCUUUUGAACCUUAAAAUAAUGUUACGUUUCAGUGGUUCAUCAACUCAUAACAGGGUGAACGGCACUUCUGCAUUUGCAUUUUGUCCCUCUACCGGCUACAACCGCUCUAUGAAAGUCUGCCAGAUAGGGUAGCGGAUCUGUAGUUCCAAUGAGACAGCGGUAAUGGAAAAUUUCGCUUCCCACCUUUAGGGGCAACAAAGGAGAAAAGUGCUUUCAUGUUGCUUUAAGACAGUACAUUAAGAAGUACAAAUAAUGACUGUUAUAGCAAGUGAUGGACAGACGGAGCUUAAAGACUGAAUCAUAUCAACUCUCAACACAGAUGAGACCAACAGUUUGAGCUACUUAAAACAACAGAAAUCAGACUGCAAAGCAAAACCUCCUCUGCUCAUGGCUGUGGAACCAAAAUGCUCGCUGUCCUAAAAUAGAUACUGAAUAGAAUCUGCAGUCCAGCACGUACCUCGAUUUCGGGGCCACAGUUCAAACUUAAAACAAAUGCAACGCAGAAAAUUACUUUUUUCUCAUUUAUUUUGGAAAUUUAAAUAGUAAAAGCUGGCUUCCUUGCUGUAAUUUUAACUCUAAGAAUUAUGGUCAUAAAACUUUAACAGCCCUUCAGAAUGAGCCAAUAAACCUGAGCCGGUCAAAAGUACUGAAAUCUGACUGUACAGCAAAAGCUACUUGGCUUGCAGCUUUCUGUGGGUACGUUAAUCUAGCUGUCUGCAGGGAACUACUAAUGCAGCAAUGACAAAGCUCAGGACACCUCUUAACACAUAUACCUCUCUUAAGCAAAGAUAUUACUCAAAAAGGCGAGA